AUGACGCACCCAUCCGGCUCCUCCCACUUCGACGGUACUGGUCUCGAUGUGGCGGACGUGUCGAGGACCAGUCCCGAGGAAAGCCAGCAGUUUGGCGCCAACGACUCGUCGAUGGGCUUCGCAAAAAUCCUACUUGGGGAGGACGACGACAGUGACUCGCCGACCAGCGGAGCCAUUCCAGGCGAUCCGGGACGCUCGGCCACCGAUCCCCAGUCCUUCAGCUCGAUUUUGACGCCCUUGCCGUCGCAGACCAUCCUGCAGAUCGCGGUGGACGCCUACUUCGACCGAGUGAACUGGUACAUCAUGCUCUUCCACCAGCCGUCGUUCGCGGUUCGGACGCAGAACAUCCUCCGACGAACCGCGUGGAGGCGCGACGAGCUGUGCGAUGUGCUCCUGGUGGCGACGGUCGCGGCCCUGGGGCUGCGAUGUGUCGAACACGACAAGACCUGGAAAGGGCACCACUUACUGGCAGCCUACUCGGUGACGGCCGAGUCGCUCGUUUCGGACCUCAUGUCGCACAUCGCGUCGCGCUUCUACGAACUGAUGCUCGAGUCCCGCAUCGAGUUGUUUCAGAUUUGCAUGCUGCUGACCAUUUACCAUGUGUACUAUGGGUCAUCGACCCUUGCGUGGAAUGUGUCGGGCGUUUCCACUCGGGCGGCGUAUGCGCUGGCUCUCCAUUGCGACAAGGCUCGAAACACGGAUGAGAUUGCCCGUGAGGUCAGCAAUCGAUGCUGGAAUCACCUGGUGGUGUCGGAUCAGUUUUCGUCAAUGAUCUUCGGGCGUCCAGCGUCCCUCGAUCCCGCCUUUGCUCAAUUCAAGAAGCUCGCAGACCUGGACGACACCGACCUACCCGACGGCACGGCGGCUCUGCCAGUCUUGCGAGAACCCGGCCGACCCGUGACGUUUCUGACCUACCACACGCUCAAGUUUGAGCUUUACGACAUCAUCCGCCAGACUUUGCAGAGCUUCAGGGUCCUGCAACUCCAGAGCCCGGUCUCUGUUCAGGAUCUCAAGGCGCUGAUCCAAGUGGUCAACAGCACCGAGCUCAUGUUGAAGCAGUGGCACGACAAUCUACCCGCGGUCUUCAAGUCGUCGCAAUGGCCCGCCGACGAACCCUGGAAUGUCCUCGAGCUUGAUCAGUGUAAUCCAGAGGAACUCAGUUUGAGGAGGAAAAUCGGGCUGCAGGGGUUCAUUCUGCAGCUGUUGUACGACGCCGCCCGAGUAUGGGCGCACCGACCUCUGCUGAAACUGCGGAUCUCCAUUUCUCCCAAGGAGAGCAACGACAAGAUCGCCUGCGACGACAUCCCGGACUCCCUGGGGACGUCGGUGCGCGCGGCGCUGCGGAUGUCGCGGGUGCCCGUGCACGAGUUCGAGGGCCACCUCGCCCAGUCGUUCGUGCUCAUGCACCUCUUCACGGCCGGGGUGAUCCUGUGCAUCGCGCCAACGUGCCAGCCGUACAGCCAGAUGGCGGGCGAGGCCAAGGCCGGGGUGCUGCGGAUCAUUGCGGCGUGCCGGGCCAUCAAGGACGAGAGCAAGAUCGCCAAGCACACCGACCAGAUGCUCACGCGGCUGUACAAGAAAACGAUGCAGCGCGAGAUGGACAAUGCUCUCCGCCCGCCAGACCACACGGGCAUCACCAAGGACCGACUGGCUCCGACGCUGGCCCCGAGGCAGUCGCAGGACAGUGGUGGCUAUCGUCAGCCACACAGAGAGCUCUCUACCAACGUGAUGCCCAAGUCGACUCCCUUCCAGGUGGGCAUGGACACCGCGAGUGCGGCUCCAGGAACAGGACGCGUCGGGACUCUCUCGCCCUUGGACUACCAGGCUCGUGGCGGCACCGACGAUUUCGCCGACCAGCCUGUCGUCUCGUACUUGCAGUUUGAAUCCUUGUGCCACAACGACCGCGUGAACGCGCACGUCAACGAGCACAUCGACGAAGCGUAUGGUGCUUUCGAACAGAUGUCCAAUCUCGACUUCGGAGACUUUUCCUUCAAACCGUACUAAGCCUAUCACGCCGUCACGAUGAUCCUGAUUCAUAUGAAGGCAGAGAAGAG